CUACCUUCGUCACCCCCUCCGCAGCUACUCCCCUGCUCAUCUACUCUCUUCUCUACAUCUCUCCCAUAAUGUUCUCCCGUGCCGUCCGCCCGGCCCUGCGGGCUGGUGGUGCUGCCAUCGCUCGUCCUGCGCCCGCCAAUGCCGCCACCUUCGCGACUCUGCGUGAGAUCGAGGGUCGUCUCAAGUCCAUCAAGAACAUCGAGAAGAUCACCAACACCAUGAAGAUCGUUGCUUCCACCCGUCUCACUCGUGCUCAGAAGGCCAUGGAUGAGUCCCGUGUCUACGGUAAGACCUCCAACAACGUCUUCGAGCAGGCCGAGACCAAGGCCCUGGAGGACAAGAAGACUCUGCUGGUCGUUGCCAGCUCCGACAAGGGUCUUUGCGGUGGUAUCCACUCUGGUCUGAGCAAGGCCACUCGCCGCAUCUUGGAGGCCAACCCCAACGCCGAUGUUGUCAUUCUCGGUGACAAGGCCAAGGCCCAGCUGUCCCGUGUCGCCGCCGACAAUAUCCUUCUGAGCUUCUCCAAUGUCUGCAAGGACAUCCCCAGCUUCGCCGAUGCCCAGGCCAUUGCCGACCAGAUUGCUCUCCUCCCCGAGAACUACGCCAGCGUUCGCAUCAUCUACAACUCGUUCGUCAACGCUCAGACCUACGAGGCUACCUCCAUUGAGGCCUACUCCGAGGAGGCUAUCACCCAGUCCGCCAACAUCUCCUCCUACGAGGUUGACGAGGAGGCUCUGUCUAGCCUCCGCGAGUACGCUCUUGCCAACAACCUCUACUGGGCUAUGGCUGAGGGCCACGCCUGCGAGAUCUCCGCUCGUCGCAACGCCAUGGAGAACGCCUCCAAGAACGCUGGUGAGAUGAUCAACAAGUUCCAGAUCUUGUACAACCGUCAGCGCCAGGCCGCCAUUACCGGUGAGCUGGUUGAGAUUAUUACCGGUGCCACCGCCAGUGCGGAAAUGUAGAAGCUUGCUUCUGCGGGAAGAAGUCGCUUCUAGUGUAGACUUCAUAUUAGAUCGACCUUCAGCUUGUGUAAAAUCAGAGUCAAUCCAUUUCAAUUUCAUAUGUACACUGGUCGUCAGACCUCUGUCUUUUUGUUCUGGUCAAUAGACAAUAUCAUUA